AAAUUACUGUGGAAAAUUUUAAACAUGUGCCUAUAUGGAUCCAAGUUUUUGGAAUUCCUCUUCAUAGGAUUAAUAAGUCUUUGGGUAUGGAAAUAGCUAGCCAUUUGGGGAAAUUUUUGGAAUUUCAUAAUAAGAGAACAUUUAUGAGAAUUAGAGUUUUAUGGGAGUCAUCUAAACCUUUGGAAAAAGGAAUGAAUUUCGAAUCUGAAAAUGGCAAAAUUUCCAUGAGUAUCUCUUUCCGAUAUGAGCGCAUAUCAAAAUUUUGUUAUUAUUGUGGAUGUCUGGAUCAUAUAGAUAGGAAUUGUUUGGAUUUAAUGGAAAAAAUAGAGGAAGGGUAUAAUCCACCAAUGAAUUAUGAUGAUCAAAUAAAAACAGCGGGUUUGGAACAUAUGAUCCCAUCUAUUCCGUUAGCAAUAAAUUGGCAUGGGGAUAUAAAUAACACAUCUUUGAGUAGAAGAUUGUUAGGAGCAACAAGAUCGCACGAAGAAGAUGCAAGUGUGAGUUUUUCUGAAAAACGGGUUAAAGUGAAUGAUGAUGGAAAAGGAUUUCCCACAAAUGACUUUAUGGAAAAAGGAGAGCAAAGUGAGGAUAAAAGAGUAAGGGGAGAGACCAAAGGAGAUAAGGAAGAAUUAAAAGCUAAAGAAUUUCUCUUGUCUGAGGGAGAUCAAGGAAAUGAGGAAAUGGAUUUUUACUCUGGAAUUUUCCAGUAUGGCAAUGAAGGAAGCAAAUGAAGGGACUUAAUAUUAUUUUUGCAAGAUUUUAGUUUAUUAAAAUAAUUUUCAAGGAAUAAUGAUUAGUCGGUUUCAGUUAUUUGGAUUAUUGUUUUGAAUGUUUUUUGGAAGUUUAUUUAUCGGUUUUGUUGACAAUGGAAAUAAGUAUCUUCUUAAGUAUAAGAAGAGUGUUUUCUAGUUUUCAUGUUAAUGAAUUUUUGCUCAAGUAAUGUCUUAAAUAAAAGUUUGGUUUUGCAUGAUAAUUAUUAUUUUAGUGUUGCAUUUUUUACAUAAAAUAUAACUUUAAUUUAUUAUAAUCGAAUAUUACACUUAAAGGUCA